AUGGCGGUUGAAGAUGAGCUUUCAUCUUACCUCAAUCCCGAAACAGCCAGGUUUCUCCUUAAAGUUUCCAAGGCCAUCUCCCAAGACCCAGGCCUGCCCAGGCCAAACCCAACAAUAUCAUCAUGGCAGGUUCCAGAGCACCGCCUGGCAUCAGUCCAAUCUCCCACCCUUCCCAAGCAAACCGACUUCGCGGUCAUUGGGUCCGGCAUCACCGGUUGCAGCGUCACGAAGACGCUUCUCGAACACCAGGCAUCACGCAACGCCCACGUCACGAUCCUCGAAGCCCGGACACUCGUAAGCGGUGCCACAGGCCGGAAUGGCGGACAUCUCGUCACUGCUUCGGGGCAUACUUACGGGCCCAUAGCUGCGCAACACGGUGUCGAGGCAGCGAAGCAGAUUGCCCGCUUCUCGAUCCUGAAUGUUGAGCGAAUCAUGAGAAUGGUUAGAGGUAUGGACCCGGAGACCCAGGAGCGGUGCCAGAUUCGCGAUGUUCUCAAAGUCAUGGCUGUUGGUGAUGAUGAGACAUGGGUCGCGGCCAAGAGCUCGGUAUUGGGAUUCCAAAAGGCCGUCCCAGAGCAUAGUCAAUAUCACCGAAUCAUCGAGAGAGACGAUGUGCCAGGAAGAUGGAACAUCAAAGAUGCAAGCGGGGCUGUAGAGCACAACGCCGGAGCCAUCUGGCCGUACCGUCUUCUCGUGAGAAUCUACGAAGGUCUUCUGGUCCAAUACCAAGACCGACUAGCAAUUGAGGCAAACACGCCCGUGCUUCAGGUCAAAUUCUCGUCGUCCGCCAACCCAGAAUACCCCUAUCUCAUCACGACUCCAAGGGGCAUCAUCCACGCCAAAAAGGUCAUACACUGCACCAACGGCCACGCAUCACAUCUCCUCCCACAACUAGCAGGCCGCAUAUACCCCUUCCGCGGCACAAUGUCCGUCCAGAAACCCGGCCCGACCCUCAAGAACCUAGGUGCUUCGCGCUCGUGGAGUCUGUCUCACAAACCAACCCUGGAUGCCCGAAGCGGUCUCUACGUGACGGGCCUCUACUAUCUCCAGCAGAAUCCUAUUACAGAAGGAAUUUGGAUCGGGAACGAGACGGCGUACAUGAAGGAUAUCUUGACUUCUGAUGAUACCUACGUUCCGAAGGAGGCGAAGGAUGCUCUAUCGACGGUGCUGCCGAAAUUCUUCCUUGAGGGGUGGGCACCCGAGGCGAAGACGUCCGAGGUGGAGGCGAUUUGGUCUGGCAUCCAAGGUCACACGGCUGAUGGUCUCCCAAUUGUAGGCCACAUUCCGGACUCUAUCGCGGGAGACGCCGGCGGCGGACAGUGGAUCGCCGCCGGGUUCAAUGGGUACGGGAUGGACAAGUGCUGGCUUACGGGCGAGGCUUUGGUCAGGAUGAUAUUUGGGGAAGAUGUCGGCGACUGGUUCCCGCAAGCGUACAUCGUCACGGAGGAGCGUUUGCGAGGCAAAUUGACGUCGGAUGAGACGUUGCUCAAGUUUGCAAAGCUCGCGAAUCCUCAAGGGGUCAAGCUGUCCAAACUCUGA